AGAGAGUCGGAAAGGGAUCCGUCGGAAAAGUGGCCGUCAGAAAGUUCCCUAGCGAAAUGAUCGGAAAAGUCACUAUGACCGGCUCUGCUUGUUGGGAAAGAUACAAGGUGGUUGCUACUGUUGAGUUGAUCCCUUCGGUGGGUUUCUUUUUGUUCCCAUCCCCGAAAAAGUACAAGUAUGGGGUCCGGUCCGCAACUUUAGUCAUUUUGUCAUUUUGACUAUCUCUAGGUUCGGGGUUAGGUUCAGGUGCAUAGCACUUGAGUCUGACUCUCGUUCGCACUUCCUCGAUAAAACGAAUCCAAGAGAUGGUCCGCGCAACGACUGAGGGCCGAUUGAGAGAUCACUGAGAGCAGAGAUGGAGUUUCCCGGGGAGACUACCCUUGUGUCGAACGAGUGGCUAAGUCUCCCGACACAGACAACUGCCUCUACGUGGCUACUCUAGUUUCGCUAAAGGUUGUCAAUCCUGCCAGGCACUGAGUCCUCAAACUCAUGGCAGAAUCUGCAAACAUUGAGGAAAAGGAGGUGGAGAGCAACACAUGCCACGUAUCAGUACCGUGUCCUGGACAGCAAUCUCUCAUGUAGGAGAAUGGAUCGACUACUCAAGGCAUGA